GUGACCUUGAGCGCGCAUAAUAUUUUCAAUCCUUUGAUACUAAUAGUUGGUACAAGGGCAUUCGGCCGUGGUAACUAUUCUUAAAUAUAGCCGGAUAGGAAAACACAAACCCUUACAAAAUACUUUCAUAGUGUGUAGGCAUUCAAUUCCAGAAUCUGCAUGUAUAGCGGCAAUUUUGUAUAUUUUGGAACCUCAAGGUCUUCCUUUGGCCGAUGGCUUUAAAACCUUAUUUAAAUGCUGUUAGGCAUACUCUGAAUGCAGCCUUAUGUGUUCAAAAUUUCUCAUCACAAGUUGUUGAACGUCAUAAUAAACCUGAAGUAGAAGUUAAAACAUCUAAAGAACUCUUACUGAAUCCUGUUGUUAUUAGUCGAAAUGAAAAAGAGCGUGUAUUGAUUGAAGGAUCAAUUAAUUCUGUACGCGUCAGUAUUUCUAUUAAACAAUCUGAUGAAAUUGAAAAGUUACUUUGCCGAAAAUUUACUCGUUUUCUGAUGACUCGUGCAGAAGAUUUCGUCAUACUUAGACGUAAACCUGUUCCUGGUUAUGAUAUCAGCUUCCUGAUUACAAAUUUUCACACGGAACAAAUGUCAAAAACGAAAUUAGUGGAUUUUAUAAUCACCUUUAUGGAUGAAAUUGAUAAGGAAAUUUCUGAAAUGCGUUUAGCAGUCAAUUCACGUGCUCGUCAGUGUGCUGAGGAAUUUUUGAAGGCGUUUGAUUAAUGCAUGCCUUUUUUAGGAUUAAUAUUUUCCUUCAGUGAUAUUUGUUAAUUAUUUUUUUUGCUAAAGUCACUUAUACGACACAUCUUUUCUAACCUAAUCUUUUAAUCGACAAUGACUUGUUAUUAAUAAUAAAGUAUAUUUUUUGCUUAUGUCUCGUUUUUCUACAUAUCCUAUAUCCUAAGGUAAGAUUUUGGUUUCUUUGUUAUUUUG